GUUGUUUUAGAAACAACAAUACGAAUCAAAUUCUAAGCUAUUCCCACAAUAAUUUUUCGUGUGCAGUCACUGUGCAUGUCUACCUGACGUGCAGGUGACGCAGAGGUUCCCAGCGCGUCUCUUGAAUACGCGAUCCUUGCCUUGCAUAUUGUUAUGGUAAUUUCAGUUUCAGCUACGGUAUAUAGCUAAAAAAAAUUAGCAAUCUGUCAAUACAACAAUAAAUUAAAUGAAGCGUACGUGAAGCGGUGGACACGAAAUCUAAGCAAAACGUAGCAAAACUAUAGAUCAACAACUUGGCAAAUCAGUCUUCUAAAGAUGCCAAACUCGUACAAAGUCUCGAUAAAGCAGCCUAAGGACAGCCAGGGAAGUCAUUCGCAAUCUCCACCACCGAUUACGGAGUCUUUUACGGUAGAAGUACUAGAACAACAGAAAGCUUGGAGAGAAUAUGAAGAUUCUAAGUAUGACUCACCCAUUCUCAACCGCUUGGUGCCUAUUCCCAUCUUCUAUUAUUGCAGAUGGAAAAUCCUAAGUAUUUUUCACACGAGAUUGCUUUUUGGAGUAGUCCUUGGAGAAGUCUUAUUUUUCCUUCUUCUUGUUGGCGGACUUGCUGGGGUUCUAGCAGCAAUGGGCAUGGGGAAUGAUGAAGACAAUGCUGAUGCAACUGGUUCAGUAGCGAUCAUCCCGGCUGCCUUAUCAUUUGCAUUUGCUUGCCGUAAUUCAUUAUGGAUCCUCUUUACAGGUUUGCCGUUCGAAAGGGCUUUGACUUGGCACAAGAUCUGCGCGUAUCUAAGUGUUCUCGUAGGCGCAUGGCAUGGUUAUGUAUAUAGAGAAUGGGAUAUAACAGGUUUGCUGCUAACCGGUAGCAUGGCUUCUCUUUGCAUCUUCUCUUUGUGGCCUAUUCGCCGAAAGGUUUUUGAAGCAUUUUUACGUCUUCACUGGAUCCUUUUCCUACUAGUCAUCGUAGCUGCAUUCACACACGAUGCUGGAGCCAUUGUGUUUGGUGCAGGUCUUUGGGCCUUUGACAUCAUAUGUCGUCUAUUCAUCGCUCUGUACAAUUAUCAUAAGCGAAAAGACGUCCUUGCUGUCAGGCUUCCUUCAAAUGUAAUCCGCAUAACGUUCCUCAAGGAGGACUUUAAAUACAAAGCUGGACAAUACUGCUUUAUCUGUGUGCCCGGUGUGUCUCUGUUCGAAUGGCAUCCUUUUAGCCUCUCAUCAUCCCCUCACGAAAACAAAGUUUCCAUUCACAUCCGUGUGCUUGGGGACUGGACACAAAAACUUUACAACUACAUAGCAGAAACAAGGGCAAUAACGGUUUACUUAGAUGGACCAUAUGGUGCUCCAUGUCUUGAUAUCGAUGGCUCUCGAUACAAACACUUUUUGUUUGUAAGCGGAGGUAUUGGAAUCACACCCAUGCAGUCCAUCUGUAAUGACAUCAUGUACCAACGAAGGAGGGGUAGGGAUGUGAAAAAAGUUUUGUUUGUUUGGUCCGUACGUGACCUUUUUAUGGUAUCGUCUGUCCUGGAGUACGACAAGGAGUAUUUUAACAAGGUUACCGACCACAGGCUUCCAUAUUCAUUCUCUCCAGACUUGCUCGUUAGAGGCGAACCACAAGAUGAAGUCAUGGAAAAUUAUUUUCAUUUAACCAAAGAAAGAGACUCGGCGCGAUUUGUAGAAGCUAAUAUUCAUCCAGAAAUCCAGCCUGAGCUGAAAUUUGGCCGUCCAAAUUUGCCGGAAUUAUUUGCAAAGAUGAAAGGCCAUGCUCAAGAAUCGAAAACAAGGAGGGUUGCAGUAUUGACCUGUGGUCCAUCUAGUUUAGUAGAUACAGUAGAAAAACUUUGUGUUACAAAUUCCUCGGCUGGGGUUACUUUUGAGUUUCAUAAAGAAGUGUUUGAGUUCUAAAAGCCGGCUAAAUUAUUCGGCCCUGAGAAGGAAAUUCAAACUGAUUCACACCAUUUCUGAACAAACUGAGUAGUCCGUGAACCGGAAUCUCGAGGUGGGCCGUGAGGGCCAGCUUUGCAAAGUUUCAUCUCACAGAAUUGUCUUCAAGGAUACAGUCAAUUCAAAAAAUGUUGUCGUCGACCAACUCAAGCCUACGCGACUGGAUCGAAAGGAGCUCUGGGUAGCAAUCAUUGAAGCCGAAUUGACUCCAUAAUUUUAUCUGACUAGUUAUGCCUG